AUGUCCAAGUCCCUCGUCGAGAUAAGCUCCAAGGAGCAGUUCGACAAGACGCUCAAGGGCUCCAAGAUUGUCGUCGCCGACUUCUACGCCGACUGGUGCGCUCCGUGCAAGCAAAUCGCACCCCUCUACCAGACGCUCGCCGAGUCGCUCUCGCGCCCCAACGUCGUCACCUUCACCAAGGUCAACAGCGACAACAACGCCGCCCUCGCCCAGGAAUACGGCGUCACCGCCCUCCCAACCUUCCUGCUCUUCCGCGACGCCAAGGUCACCCAAAAGAUCCAAGGCGCUAACCCCGCCGAACUCAAGAAGGUGGUUCAGGACCUCGCGGCCGAGGUCGAGUCACUUGGCGAGGGCUCCGGCGGAAGCAGCAGCGGAGGCGGCGCUUGGAAGGGCGCCGAGAUUCCUCGAGGCUACAGUGACAUAUCGGACCAGGUCGAGAUCCGCAACUGCGAGCUCCUCAACGCCGACGAAGACGCCGGCCCCGUCAAGGUCCUCUUCACCGAGUCGAGGCCCAGUGCCCUCGACAAGGGGAAGGCGGCUGCCAAGGACAAGGACUGGGUGCAGAGCGGCGCCGACGAUCAGCUACUUCUCUUUGUUCCUUUCCAGGGUUCCGUCAAGCUGCACACACUACAGAUUACCUCUCUCCCGGCCGAUGACCAGGACGACAUCACGAGGCCCGAGGUGAUCCGCCUGUACAUAAACCGCACGCAGAACAUGGACUUUUCCGAGGCGGACGAGACGGAACCCACGCAAGAGAUCACGCUGAAGCCCGAGAACUGGAACAAGGACGGCACGGCAAACGUCAGCCUGCGGUACGUCAAGUUCCAGAAGACGACGACGCUGGUCAUCUACGUCGAAAGAGGCACCGAAGGCGCCGAGGCUGUCCGCAUCGACAGGCUCAAGCUCAUCGGCGAGGCGGGCCCGAAACGCGAGAUGGGUAAGCUGCAAAAGGUGGGCGAGGACGAGUAA